AUGGGACCAGAUUUUGUGCAAGAUGCUAAAGAGAAGGUACAGGUUAUCAAACAAAGAUUGUUAAUAGCUCAAAGCAGACAAAAGUCUUACGCAGAUUGUCGCCAUAGAGAUUUAGAAUUUAUGGUGGGAGAUAGAGUUUUCUUGAAAAUAUCACUUAUGAAAGGUAUUAUGAGGUUUGGAAAGAAAGGAAAAUUUAGCCCAAGGUACAUUAGUCCGUUUGAAAUACUAGAAAGAGUGGGUGCUGUUGCUUCUUGUCUUGCUUUACCUGCAGAGUUAGAUGGCAUUCAUUCGGUGUUUCAUGUGUUAAUGUUGCGGAAGUAUUUGUAUGAUCCCUCUCAUGUUAUUGAAACUCAAGAGAUUCAAGUAAAUAAAGACUUAUCUUAUGAGGAAGUUCCAGUAGCUAUUCUUGACAGACAGAUAAAGAAAUUAAGAUCAAAGGAAAUAACCUUGGUAAAAGUAAUAUGGCAUAAUCACUCCAUUGAAGAAGCUACUUGGGAAGUAGAAAGUAAAAUGCAACAGAAGUAUCUGCAUUUAUUCCUAAGCUAA